CCCAAAUCUACAGUAGUGUUGUGAUUUGAUUUGAACACCAAAUCCCCGUACCCCCAACCCGACGACUUCUUCUAGUCCUCCCAACUCCAACGAACCACCACUACGCCGCCGCCAGCACCUCCUCCCCAAACCUCCCCCCUUUCCCAACACCAUUCUUCAUUCUUGAGAGAGAAAAGAGGAAGAACAAAGAGAGAUAGAGAGAGAGAGAGAGAGGAUGCGAUCCAAUGUUGCUGAUGCCUCGUCGGAAUCAUCACCAUCUUCAUCUUUAUCUUGGGAAGAAGGUCGUUAAUGGCCUUUCAAAUGAGUUGGCAGUGGCAACCGAACCUCCUCCAUCACAAGCGCAAGUCUGGUCCUCCCCUAGGUUUAAAAAACCUGGGCAACUCCUGCUACCUCAACUCCGUCCUCCAGUGCCUCACCUACACCCCUCCCCUCGCCUCUUUCUGCCUCAAUUCCCUCCACUCCUCCUCCUGUGAUUCGGCUUUGGCCGAGAUACGGGAGUGUCCGUUUUGUAUACUAGAGAAGCGAAUUGCCAGAUCUUUGAGUGUUGAUCUAACCCUAGACACCCCUGCCAAGAUGAACAGUUGUUUGAGAAUUUUCGCUGAGCAUUUUCGAUUCGGAAGACAAGAGGACGCUCAUGAAUUCCUCAGAUAUGUUAUUGAUGCUUGCCACAACACCUGUCUCCGCCUCAAGAAGUUGCAGCAGCGGCGGAAGGGCGGCGGCGGCGAGGAUGAGGGUUUCGGCGGUGGUACUGUGGUUAAGGAGAUUUUUGGGGGUGCUUUGCAGAGUCAGGUCAAGUGUUUAAAUUGCGGUGCGGAGUCGAAUAAGGUUGAUGAGAUCAUGGAUAUAAGCCUUGAUGUGUUGCAUAGCACUUCUUUGAAAGAGUCUAUGCAGAAGUUUUUUCAAGCUGAGGUUUUGGAUGGGAACAAUAAAUACAAGUGUGAGAAUUGUAAGAAAUUGGUGACAGCAAGAAAGCAGAUGUCUUUGCUUCAAGCACCUAAUGUCCUUGUAAUCCAACUAAAGAGAUUUGAGGGCGUAUUUGGCGGGAAGAUUGACAAAGCAAUUGCAUUUGAGGAAGUUCUGGUGCUUUCAAGCUACAUGUGCAAAGCAAGCCAGGAUACACAUGUAGAGUAUAAACUUUUUGGUACCAUUGUUCAUUCAGGCUUCUCACCAGAUUCUGGGCACUAUUAUGCAUACAUCAAGGAUGCAAUGGGCCGUUGGUAUUGCUGCAAUGAUUCGUAUGUUAAACUUUCAAAUCUGCAGGAAGUUUUGUCAGAGAAGGUUUAUAUCCUUUUCUUUUCUUGUACUAAACAAAGGACAGGGCCUGCCAACACUGCAUUGGCUUGCAAUGGAGUGAAGUCUCAAGAGUGCAAUGGCAGUGAUACUUCUAAAAGCCAAAAGGUAGGUCAUUCAGGGAAAGCAGUGUAUACAAAACAAUCUGUUGAUCAUUCUUUUGAAAGCGAUAAUUUGACCAGAUGCCGAGGGCCUGGCAACACUGCAUUGAUUUCCAAUGGAGUGAAGUCUCAAGAGUGCAAUGGCAGUGAUGCUGCAAAAGGCCAAAAGAUAGCUCAUUCAGGGAGAGCAGUGUGUGCAAAGCAAUCUGUCGAUCAUUCUUUUGAAAACGAUAAGUUAAGCAGAUGCCCAGGGCCUGCCAACACUGCAUUGGCUUCCAACAGAGUGAAGUUUCAAGAGUGCAAUGGCAGUGAUGUUUCUAAAGGCCAAAAGGUUGCUCAUUCAGAGAAAGCAGUGUAUGCAAAACAAUCUGUCGAUCAUUCUUUUGAAAACAAUAAUUUGACCAGAUGCCCAGGGCCUGCCAACACUGCAUUGCCUUCCGAUGGAGUGAAGUCCGAGUGCAAUGGCAGUGAUGCUUCUAAAGGCCAAAAGGUAUCUCAUUCAGAGAAGGAAGUGCAUACAAAACAAUCUGUCAAUCAUUUUUUUGAAAACGAUAAUUUGACCAGAUCUGAGGACAAUAAAGUGCCUUUUAGUGGAGAGGCCAACUUAAGUAGCUUUGGAAAAUCUGGUGCCAAAAGGUUUCCUGCAAGUGGAAAUAAUGGGGAGAAGGGGGAGAAGAAUAUGUCAUCAUCAAAAGUCAAUUUCAAUGGAAAUAAUGGGGAUGUGAAAGCGUCAAUUUCAGCGGAGACGGGUGAGAAGAAUAUGUCAUCAUCUAAUGGAAAUGGUGUUACCAAAAGUAAAACAGUUGAAGCAAUUGAUAACGGGAACAUCCAAUCAUUUGCUUUAGAAAAUGGGAAUGGGAAUGGGAAUGGGAAUGGGAAAACCAAGAGUCUGCCUGCUGAUUCUGUAGAAGCAGGUAUACCUGAGGAUAAUCAUGGAAGAAAUGGGGUAACCACAGGUACAGUGGCCAACAAGCAAGAAUUGAAGAAUGGUGGUGUUUACUGCCCCUCUGAUAUCUCAGGGUUGAAGAGAAAAUUUCAGGAUGAGGAUUCAUGCACUUUGUUGACUAAAGAUGCUCAUUCGCAGGCAAAACUUGAAGAUUUCAAAGAAGUUCUAUUGAAAGAAGCUUCUUCAGGUCUGCGAUCAUGUGGUUGGACGGAAGAAGUUCAUCGUUGGAUGUGGUCUAGGAAGAAGGUGUGUUCUCGAGAAGCAAGCGAUACGGCAACAAAUGGCGCUGAAUUAAAGAAGAUGUUGAUGACAGAAGCCAAACAAAUUUAUAUCUCACAAAUUCCCGAGUCAUUGAAAGAGAACCUUAUUAAUCAUCUCAGAUCAUUUACCUGGUAUCCUGAUGUAGGUGGUAGAUCUUGUUGUACAAUCUGUAACACUGAUUUGUUUCAUUUAGCGGUGACAUCGUCCAUGAGCAAUAUCUGGGGGCAUGUCAUAUUUUUGUAUUUUACACAUAUGAUGACGUUGAGAGGAGGUUCCAUGGUCACGGCAUUUAAUACCUUUAUUAGUCGGCGGAAUAUAGGUGCGUGCGUCACUGAUCAAUCUUGAGAUUGAAGGGCUGAGUUUCAGUAAUUGCCAAAAAUUGUGUCUAUUAAUUUUGCACAUGUGCGGUUGGGUUAUGACAGUUAACAAAGCUCAGAAUUCUAUUAAUUUUGUAUGAUAUCCGUUCUCGGCAUUUUUGUUAGCAUUCAAUCCUCAUUUUCACAAUUUUCCAAUAAAAAUACCGGCGGAUUUGUACUAUUUUAACCUAUGCUAUCCUGAGUUUUUCUAUUAAAUACAGCAUUGCUACUUAUUUAUA